AUGAAGGGGUUAAUUCUAGUUGGUGGUUAUGGUACCAGGUUGAGGCCUUUGACGUUGACAGUUCCUAAGCCUUUGGUUGAAUUUGGUAAUAGGCCUAUGAUUUUGCACCAAAUUGAGGCAUUGGCAGCAGCAGGUGUUACUGAUAUUGUAUUGGCGGUAAAUUAUAGACCAGAGGUGAUGGUGGAAACGUUGAAGAAGUAUGAAAGGGAAUAUGGGGUUUCUAUUACUUUUUCUGUGGAGGCAGAGCCUCUUGGUACAGCAGGUCCGUUAAAGUUGGCGGAAAAAGUUUUGAAAAAGGACAAGUCUCCCUUUUUUGUUCUAAACUCAGAUGUUAUCUGUGAUUAUCCAUUUAAGGAAUUGGCAAUUUUCCAUAAGGCACACGGUGGUAAAGGUACGAUUGUUGCCACAAAGGUUGAUGAGCCUUCCAAGUAUGGUGUUAUUGUUCACGAUAUUGCUACACCCAAUCUGAUUGAUAGGUUUGUGGAGAAGCCAGUUGAAUUCGUUGGUAACAGAAUUAAUGCUGGGUUGUAUAUUUUGAAUCCUGAAGUCAUUGAUUUAAUUGAAAUGAGACCAACCUCUAUUGAGAAGGAGACUUUCCCUAUCUUGGUGGAGCAGAAAUCCUUGUACUCCUUUGAUUUGGAGGGUUAUUGGAUGGAUGUCGGUCAGCCAAAGGAUUUCUUAGCCGGCACAGUCUUGUACUUGAGCUCCUUAGCAAAGAGAGAUUCUAAACAACUAGCCAAGGGUGACAAUAUUGUUGGCAAUGUUAUGAUUGACCCAUCCGCCAGCAUCUCUUCUACAGCUAAGAUCGGUCCUGAUGUUGUAGUUGGUCCCAAUGUCAUUAUUGGUGAUGGUGUUAGAAUUGCUAGGUCUGUCGUUUUGUCAGACUCUACCAUCAAGGACCAUUCUUUGGUGAAGUCCACAAUUGUUGGCUGGAAUUCUACUGUAGGUAAAUGGUGUCGUCUAGAAGGUGUUUCAGUUUUGGGUGAUGAUGUGGAAGUUAAGGAUGAAAUCUACGUUAACGGUGGUAAAGUCUUACCACAUAAAUCUAUUUCCGCUAAUGUUCCAAAGGAAGCCAUUAUUAUGUGA